AUGGUGUGUUUCCCUGUGUUUUGGCCCACGGUGUUUCUGAAUGACUUUCUUGCCACCUGCACCAGCGAGCAGGCCCCGCAGCUGGAGUUCGAGCAGCUGCCCUUCAGCCACCCACUGUUCAUCAUGUUUUCAUCAGGCACCACGGGCGCACCCAAGUGCAUGGUGCAUUCCGCUGGGGGCCUCCCAGCUGAUGAUGGCAGCGUUGGGGUUGUCAAACUGCACCCCAUCCUUGGAGAGUCCGGCGUGCAGCUUCUCUCCAAGUGGGGUGCUGUGCAGAGAUGCGGCACUGGGCCCAGGUCAGUGGAGAGCUGCCACUCCACGGGCUGGGAUGGCACUUACCACCAUGGUGACAGGCUUGGGGAUCACUGUACGGUGCACCGUGUCUUGGGGGUGGGGAGUGCGCUGGCUGAACCAACUACAUUCACCCUGCAGGUUGGCUGGAUGAUGUGGAACUGGAUGGUGUCUAUUCUGGCCACAGGAGCGGCCAUGGGCUUGUACGAUGGCUCCCCCAUGGUGCCCAUGCCCAACAUGCUCUGGGACCUGGUUGACACGAUAGGCAUCCUGGUAACCAGGGCGAAGUGGCUGUCGGCGCUGGAAGAGAAGGCCACGAAGCCGGUGAAAGAUCGUGCUCCAGACAUGAUCCUGUCCACCGGCUCCCUGCUGAAAGCCUAAAGCUAUGAGUGUGUCUACAGGUGCGUCAAGAGCAGCGUCCUCCUGGGCUCCACCUCAGGAGGCACCGACAUCUCCUGCUUCGUGCGCCAGAAUUUUUCUCUUCCUGUGUAUAAAUGGGAGAUUCAGGCCCAGAACCUGGGCAUGGCCAUGGAAGCGUGGAACGAGGAAGGCGAAAGGGUUUGGGGAGACAGCAGCGAGCUGCUAUGUACUAAGCCGAUCCCUUGCUAACUCACACACUUCUGGAACAAUGAGAACGGCAACAAGUACAGGAAGGCGUAUUUCUCCAAAUUCCCAGGUAUCUGGGCUCAUAGUGACUGCAGAAUCAACCCCAAGACCGGCGGCAUCGUCAUGCUUGGCUGGAGUGACAGCACGCUCAACCCCAACAGGGCGCGGUUCGGCGGCCUGGAAAUCUAUGACGUUGUGGACUCCUUCAAGGAGGUGGAGGACAGCCUGUGUGUCCCCCAGUAUAGCAAGUACGGGGAGGAGAGGGUGAUCCUCUUCCUGGAGAUGGCCUCCGGGCACGCCUUCCAGCAUGACUUGGUGAAGAGGAUUCAUGACACCAUCCACGUGGGCUUGUCUGUGCGACAUGUGCCCAGCCUUAUCCUGGAAACCAAGGGCAUCCCAUAUACGCUCAAUGGCAAGAAAGUGGAAGUUGCCAUCAAACAGAUCAUCACUGGAAAAGCAGUGGAGCAACGAGGUGCUUUCUCGAACCCCGAGGCCCUGCAUCUGUACUGGGACAUCCCUGAGCUGCAGGGCUUCGGAGUCAGACUGGCUGGCACAGGUAGGAUGGAAACCUUGAGUGGCCUGGUGCAGGAGUCCUUGGCCUGCAGGCAAGCAGUGCUUGAGGACUGCUGGUGGGAACUGGCACCUGAAAGAAGGCAUUUGAAGAGGGAGGUGGUGGGUGCUCAUGCCUCACCCAGGCUGGGCUGGAGGGAACUGCAGUUUUGGUAAUGACUCCUGGGCCCCCGUGUGCCUGUUGCUAAGGUUUUCGUCAGCCUGGGCUGUCUGGUGGCUAAAGGAUAUGACUUCUACUGUGUGGUCUGCCAAGCUCUCCUUUUGCAACAGGGCCUGAGACCACUGGCUUCAGGGGCUGGAGUCACAAUUGUGUGGGCUGUGGGCUGGGUUCUUUUGAGCCGUUGGGGCUUAGCCAUUUGCUGCCAAUAAUAGCUAACGUUGCUCUAGUACAUACCGUAUGCUGGGCGCUGUUCCAGAACCACAAGCCUGACUAUAACUCUAGGAGGUAGGUGUCAUCAUUAUCCCUAUUUUGAAGAUGGGAAAUAAGGCCCAAGUUCAAGGAACUUGCCCAAGGUCACACGGGCUAGGGCCAGCCCUUUUGGAAAGAGCUCCCAAGAAGGAUAGAGAGACUCCCUCUUUUGAUAACCCUGUUUUUUGUGGCCCUUUCAUUGGGUACUUCCUGAAUAUCUAGAUUGAUAAAAAAAUCAUACCCCAGUGAAGAAGAUCAAUUAUGUGUACAUUUUGCAAGUCACUUUGACGUUGUCACAAGCUCUCACGUGCUUGAGCCUCUAAUUCGAGUUUGAGAAUCAUUUCAUGUGUCAUGAAAUUUUAAAAGAUGACAUUCAAUGAAUGGUACUUCCCAUUAUUCCAGCUUGAU